GGGCAAAACCAUGUGACUUCAGGUGCUAUUAUCUUUAGCUGGUACCACAUAGUGCCUAUUCAAUACAUGUUCUUCACCUAUAAAAACACAUACAAAGAAGUGUGUACCAUAACAAUUCUCACCAGCACUUGAAAUCAUACAAAGCUUUUCUCCAUUUUCAGGGUCCUUACUAAUUCUUCCCCUUCCUUAAUUGCAUAUCUAUAUUGAACUUAACAACCAUGGCUAUCCGUAUGCCUCGUAUAAUCAAGAAGUCUUCUACAGCCGGAGAUGUUCCUAAAGGCCACUUUGCUGUUUACGUUGGGGAGAAGCAGAAGAAGAGAUUUGUAAUCCCCAUAUCAUUCUUGAGCCAACCUUUAUUUCAAGAUUUACUUAGUCAAGCUGAGGAAGAAUUUGGCUUUAAUCAUCCAAUGGGUGGUGUCACAAUUCCCUGUAGUGAGGAUGUGUUUAUUGAUCUUACUUCUCGCUUGAGUAGGAUCUGAGUCUUUUCCUUUCACGGUUUUGUAAAGAACUAACCUUUCUAGUUAGUAUCAUGUUAGUGAAAAUUAGAUAGAGGGGACUAUGUACUGUCAGCUGGAACAGUAGAUCCCAAUUUUGAAUGUACUUUUCAGUUAGCUGAUGUCUAAAAGAUAAUCUUUAGCAAAUGAAAUUUGUUCAGAUUCAUUCUUUAGCCAA